CCUUCAAAUAUGUUAGCCCUAGCCAACAAAAAUAAAUUUAAUGUUUUCUUUUUUAUAUAAAUAAAAUUGUAUAAAAUUACAUCACUCCUUAAGAUUAGAGACAUUAUCAAACCAAUUCAAUGUUUUUGUUUUAUGAAUGGAGAUCUUGCAUGAUGACUCAUUGGGUUCUAGGAAUUUCAUAGUAACUUCUACUAUAGCAUUCUGAUUCAUGAUUCAUAACUAGUUAGUUGAACCAAUUCCUUUGCCGGUCAGGUUACUUUUUAUAUUUUAUUAACAAAAUGUCAGAAGAAUGGACUUUUGGUAAAAUUCAAUAUUGGCAUGAUCCCAGUCAACAGCAGGUUGAGCAGGAGUUGGCAACUAAAAUGUUGCAGAUCCAAAGUAAACGAUUCUAUUUAGAUGUCAAACAGAAUAGACGUGGUCGAUUUAUUAAAGUAGCCGAGAUUGGAGCUGACGGUCGCCGUUCGCAAAUUUUCCUUGCUUUAUCAACUGCUGCUGAGUUUAGAGAUCAUCUCUCAGCCUUUAGUGACUUCUACUCUUCUCUUGGACCUCCUAAUCCUGACAGCGUUCCCGAAGAUGGUAAAUUGAAAAGCGAGAUGAUGAUCAAAGAUAACCGCCGAUAUUAUUUGGACCUGAAAGAAAAUUCGCGGGGCAGGUUCUUGCGAGUAUCCCAAAUGAUCACGAGAGGAGGACCCAGAAGCCAGGUGGCCAUUCCUGCUCAAGGAAUGAUCGAAUUCAGAGAUGCUUUGACCGAUUUGCUUGAUGAAUUCAGUACCGACGAGCACGCUUACAAACCCGACCUGCCCGAAGGUCGGCACAUGCACGUCGAUAACAAAAAUUUCUAUUUUGAUAUAGGACAAAACAAUCGUGGUGUGUACAUGCGCAUCUCCGAAGUCAAAACCAAUUUCCGAGCAGCUAUAACUGUACCUGAAAAGAGUUGGCAAAGGUUCAGAGAUAUAUUAAGUGAAUAUUGUGACAAAAUUAAGCAGCCAUCUCAAGGUUCCGGUGGGGGUAUUUCUUCCCAAGAUCAGCCACAUUCUUUGGUUGGUAAUAACACCCAACAAGAUACCGGGACAAGUUUAAAGUAGGCUAGUUGGCCAUUUUAGACUAUUAGAUUUAUUAAUAUAACAAAUUAAAAAAUUGGAUAGGUACAGAAGUCGAUUUUUUAACCCUAACAAAAAAAAGAAAAUUAUUCCCCCUUUUCAAUUAUUAUUAAAUAUGUGUGAUUUUUGAAUGUCAGGCUGAGAAAUCGACAACUGUCUAAAAAUAUUGAUCAGUUCAAGGAGUUGGUUUUUUUGUGCAGUGUUACGAACACUAUAAAUGUUAGAUUCUCUAUUAUAUGUUACAAAAUAAUACUAAAUUAUUUAUUUAGUUGUUUUAAGUUGUUAUGGUAGUGAUGUUCUGUUCUUUUGAAUAAACAGUAGUCAAGCAUCAAAGCAUAUCAAAUGCCUCUGUCUCUUAUCUCGUUCUUACUUUUGUAUUCAUUUACCUUAGGGUUAUGGAAAAGUGUUUUUUUUUUUUUUUUUCUUUAAUUAGUAGUAUUUAUUUUGAUGUUAAGACGCCGAAUUAGUGUUAAUAAGCGGUUUUGGAUGUUUAAGUAUUUUUGGUAGCUAAAAUUCUUAAUGGUCCAGUCAAUAGAUUGACAAAUUUGACUCAUUUUGAUCAUAUAUGGUGUUAUAAAAAUUAAAGGUAAUGCAAUUCUCUGUCAAAACAUGAACAGAUUUAUCCUCUGAGCAAGCAGGAAUCCCUAAAUAUGCCGUUAAUUAGUGAAAAAUUAAAUACAUGUUCAUCUUAAUCAAGACUAGAUCAGCCUUUCAAGUCUUAUUACAAUGAUAGUUAAUUAAACAAAAAGGAGCCACUUCUAAAAAUAA